UCCCCUCCUCGGAAGUUCCGCAUACCGAAGAUCUCGGAAGUGAUCUCGCGGAAGUGGAAGAAGCGGCCGAGUAUUCAGCAGGAUGCCGAGAUAAGGACCAGUGCGAGGGAUCAUCAAGAAGGGAUAUUAGGGACGGCGCAGGAAAACCGCAUAUACCGGAUCGUGGACAACUGCGUCGGCGCAACUAGCGUUUCAAUCGGAAAGAAGAGCGCAGGAGCUCACACAGUCGGCGAGCCGGUCUCCACUCGCGGUCGGCCUGCUACGAUGAGGGGAUCGACCGGCCGUCCCAAGGUAGACAGAUCCACCAGUCCUCCGCCGAGAAAACCGGCACCGAGCCCCGCCGUGCAUCCGGUGCAGGAGCUGAAGGCCCUCUUCUCCGAGCCCGCCGCCAACAGAGCUCCCUCCAAUGGCGAGAAAGAGUCGGAUUUUCGAUUCGAGGCGAUACAAUGCCUGCGACAAUCCUCAAGAAUGAUCAUCAAGAGGCCCAAGAACCUACCGGAAAGAGGGACCUGGAGCAGCAAGGUCGAAUUCAUUUUGUCCGUCGUGGGACUGGCCAUAGGUUUGGGAAAUCUGUGGCGAUUUCCGUACCUUUGUUAUAAAAAUGGCGGUGGUGCUUUUAUGGUGCCCUACUUCAUCGCGCUCGCGCUGGCCGGUAUACCCAUGUUCCUGAUGGAACUGUCCUUAGGACAGAUGCUGACGAUAGGUGGUCUGGGUGUUUUUAAAAUAGCACCGCUUUUCAAAGGUGUUGGAUACGCGACCUGCGUGCUCUCCUGCUGGACCAAUGUGUAUUACAUCAUCAUCCUCGCUUGGGCGCUCUUCUACUUCCUGGUCUCUCUACGCGCCGACGUACCCUGGAGAACCUGCGACAACUCAUGGAACACGCGCUACUGCCUUACGGCCGAGGAACGUCUGAAUGUAACGUGCUGGCAGGACGACUACUGGCCGAAUAACGUCAUAUGUACCACGUCUUUCGGGAACUUGAGUCACGAGUUGCUGAAGGAUCCAGUGAAGGAAUUUUGGGAGAGGCGCACCCUACAAAUAUCCCCGGGCAUCGAGGACGUGGGCGGUAUAAGAUGGGAACUGGCCGGCACCCUCGCGGUGGUGUGGAUCAUGUGCUACUUUUGCAUCUGGAAAGGCGUCAAAUGGACCGGCAAGGUCGUCUACUUCACGGCGCUCUUCCCGUACGCCUUGCUGGCGGUGCUGCUAAUACGAGGCUUGACGCUUCCCGGCGCCUCGGAAGGUUUGAAGUAUUACGCUACGCCGAAUCUCUCGAAACUCGGCGAUCCCGAGGUGUGGAUAGACGCGGUGACACAGAUAUUCUUCACUUAUGCUGUCGGGAUAGGCGCAUUGAUAGCCCUAGGCAGUUACAACAAAUUUAACAAUAACGUUUACAAAGAUGCUCUCAUCGUUUGCGGAGUGAAUACUUGUACCAGCUUGCUUAGCGGAGUAGUCAUAUUUUCCGUGGUCGGUUUUAUGGCCCACCAGCAACAGAAACCAGUGGCCGAUGUAGCUGCUUCUGGACCCGGUUUGGCCUUCUUGGUUUAUCCCCAGGCGGUGUUGCAGCUACCCGGGUCGUCAAUUUGGGCGGGUCUAUUCUUCUUUAUGCUCCUCCUGAUAGGCUUGGACAGUCAGUUCUGUACCAUGGAGGGCUUCAUCACAGCCGCCGUGGACGAGUGGCCGCGACAGCUCAGAAAACGGAAGGAAAUGUUCAUCGCGAUCGUAUGCUUGAUCUCGUAUCUAGUCGGGCUUCUGUGCGUCACGGAAGGUGGAAUGUAUGUGUUUCAACUCUUGGACACAUAUGCUGUAAGCGGAUUUUGCUUACUCUUCCUGAUGUUCUUCGAGUGCAUCGCCGUCUCGUGGGCAUUCGGGGUGAACCGAUUUUAUGAUGGCAUACGGGACAUGAUAGGCUACUAUCCCUGCUUUUGGUGGAAGAUAUGCUGGACAUUUACUACACCUGCCAUUUGCGUGGGCGUUUUCAUCUUUAAUAUAAUCAAAUUCGUCCCUGUGAAAUACCUCACGUACGAAUUUCCGUGGUGGAGCCAUUUGUUGGGAUGGCUCGCGGGUCUUUCCUCGAUGUUGUGCAUUCCAGGAUACAUGAUCUACAUCUGGUGCGUUACAUCCGGAACUACCUCAGAGAAAUAUCGGAAAUUGAUAAAAAUAGAAGACGACAUUGCUGCCUUACGGAAGAAACUCAAUCCAAUCAAGGCCGCUGCCAUCGACGCGGAGUUUGAAUUAUAAAAUCGCAUUCAUACCUUCUUCAAUCACAUAUAGAUUAUGCGACGUACGCGAUAAAGUAUAGGAACGUUAAUGGGAAAGAUUUGUGCGCGCAAUGGAAUGUUUGCGAUUUCAGAAAUACAUUCAGAUUUCACUAGAAUAGCAUCACGAUGAGGUAUCAUGCGUUUUACUCACUUCGAGCGCACUCUCGUCGAGAAAAAAAAGCGACGUUUAUUGAUUAAACUAAUCUAUUAUAUAUCUCUUAUAAUCUGCUUCCAACAUACAUAUGAAGAGAAAGCGAAAAUAAUAAAAGUAUACUUUACAA